AAUAAUAAUUACAAUGGCUGAUAUGGUUUUGCUUCAAAUAACAAGUACAAAAUCCCAGUAUGGAUCGGAAAGACGAUUUUCAAAAGGCAUUUGUGUGUCAGAGCUCAAGGGAAAGCUUGAGUUGAUAACAGGAGUGACAGCUCUUUAUAUGGAGUUAGAGCUAUACAACAACAAAACAUUUAUUUCGAGCUUAGAUGAUAGUAAAAUGCUUGGAUAUUAUUCUCCAGAAAACAAUUGGAUACUUCAUGUAACUGAUAAAAAUCCAAAUAGUAAAGUCGGAGAAUUUGAUGACUUGUCAAAAGUUGAAAAAUAUGAACUUAAAGAAGAAGAGUAUGACAAAAGAGAAGAUAGUGUCAGAAAUUUUAUGAAGAAAAAUAAGAUGGGAAAAUUCUCAGAGGCUGCAAAAGAAGCAGAAGCUCGAGAAGCAGAAAUAGAGAAAGAAGAAGAGGCAAAAGGAAAAACAUUUAAAAUAAAUGAUCGUUGUGAAGUCUCAAUAAAAAACUUUCCGAAACAACGAGGAGAGAUCAUGUAUCUAGGUGAAGUUAAAUUUAAUAAGGGUUUUUGGGUUGGUGUUAAGUAUGAUGAGCCACUGGGCAAGCAUGAUGGAAGUGUAAAAGGUGAAAGAUAUUUUACAUGUCCUCCAAAAUAUGGUGGCUUUGUUCGACCUAGUCAAGUUGAAGUUGGAAAUUUUCCUGAAGAAUUAGACUUUAUGGAUGAUGAUGAAAUGUGAUAUUUGCUGAAAAUUCUUCUGUCCAGUAAAUAGAAAGUAUUUGCAGUAUUUACAAAAAAUUAUAAUAUAUUGUAUUCUAUUUA